AGGUCGAGUCCUACGACAGCAUCAUGAACGUAACAUCCCACUAUCUCCCAUCCUGAACCCGCGCCGCUUUGAUUUAGUUUCUAAUACCCUCUUGCCCUCCCAUGAUUGUACGGUUCCUUUGUCUGUGACUUCCACUUCUUCUUACCCCAGACGAUGCCCACCCACCGGGAUGAUGCGCCGCUCUCGCCGCCAGCGGAGCACACGGCCAAUGCCGCUGGCCGCACAACAUGUCCACCAGAGGAGUCGCGCAUGAACCCAUCUCACGAUGUGAAUGACGGGCAACCCUCUCUCAUCCUUCACAAUGGCGAGCAGCCCUUCAAUGCCCCGGCGCAACAGCCCACUCCACCGCCAACUGAGCGAGAGUCGCCUGCGCAUGCGCAUUCCCCGUCGAAUCCGAAUCCCAAACCUACUGAAUCUCCCAUAGAAGGCCCAGUCAGAGAUAUCCCUACACCAAUGAGUGCGACAGAUGAUAGCGUGGAAGACCCGCGGAAUCCUCAGGCCUCGCCGCUCUCCGCGACUGCGUCGGCGCCCGUUUCGUGGCCGCAACCCAGACAUUUGACAUCAGCUUAUCCAAGCCACAGGUUCCUCCCCAACACCUCGUCCUCGCUACUCCGACCCGGAAGCCGAUUCAAGGGUAGCCAGACCUCCGACCGCCAACAAUACGAAGUCGAAGUAGAAAUAAAAUAUGUGGACAUGCGCGAGUCGUUCCUGUGCGGAUAUCUGCGCAUCAAAGGACUAACAGAAGACCACCCGAGCCUCACUACCUACUUCGAGGGCGAGAUAAUCGGCAGCAAGUAUACAUUUAUCACACAACAUCCCGAAUGGGGCUCGAACGAGAAGGUCGAUCGGCAGCACUGGGGUAGAUUCCCAGCGUACAAGCCCCUCUCGAAAUACUCUUCGCGACCCGAGCUGGUCACAAAGGAUUGGAUGCAGAAGGAGCACCUCUUCAUGCGCUGGAAAGAAUACUUCCUGGUCCCGGACCACCGCGUUAAGACGAUCAAUGGCGCAAGUUUUGAGGGCUUCUAUUACAUCUGCUUCAAUCAGAUGUCCGGCGGUAUCGAGGGCAUCUACUUCCAUGCGAAGAGCGAGAAAUUCCAGAGGCUUCAAUUAGAACAUGUCGAAGACCGCGGGUGUCAAGGCGCAAUUGAAUUCCGGUAGUUACGACCUUGAUGAAUUGGGAGGUGCAUAUAAAUGUGACAACUGGGAUAUGGGACACAGCAUCUGGGUCACACGAGCGUUCGAGUUCUUUUCACUUUUGGUUUCCCUGUACAGACCCACUUUUGCUCUAUGAUAAUUACUUGGAGGGAGGGCCUUUGAUGCAGUGCGCGACGAAGGCUGGCUAGUCUUUUUGGAGGCAUAUGCGAUACUGGGAUGUUAUCGACUUUGCGGUGUAGAUUUGCUUUUUUGAAAUGCUCCAGUUCCGUGUUACGUCAUUG